AUGCUCAAUAAAUGUUUGUUGAAAGGUGAGUACCCAGUGCCCACUCUGGAGCAGUGCGGGGGACAUGGUGAUGCCCACAGCACAGCGGCCCCAGUCCUGCCCUCCCAUGACUCAGUCACUUUGAAGAAACAGACCUACCCCCUGACAGUGAAGACCCAAGAGCCCCGCCCUGCCAGGGCAGCUGAGGACGCAGUGCUGGAGGAGCAAAUCAGGACAGGUGAUCUCCCCCAGCUGCAAAUCACCGAAUCCUCCCAGGUCCAGCGCCAGACGGAGCCAAACCCCAACCAGGAAGGGCCUCGGAGCGCCGGGCCGCCAACGCCGUUGUCUCCAAGAGCCGGCUUUGGGGUGAAAGAUGAUCACAGCCCCUGUCCUCCCAGGACUAAGACCCCCUUUAGCACCUGGCUGACAGUUACUGAGUACUUACUGUAUGGAAGGAACACAUGUGCCAGGAGCCCAUGUCUCCUCCCCCAUCAAACGUGGGGAGCGGUCAAGCCUGCCUCACCCCACCCCUCUGGCUCCUUUUCAGCCGUGUUCCUGAGUGCGGGGGCCGAGAUCAUUAUCACCCCCGAGCCUGCCCAGCCAGCCGAGGGCGACAACGUCACUCUGGCUGUCCAAGGGCUUUCGGGGGAACUGCUGGCCUACAACUGGUACGCAGGGCCCACGCUCAGCCUGUCUUACCUGGUAGCCAGCUACAUUGUAAGCACAGGCGAUGAGACCCCUGGCCCAGCCCACACGGGGCGGGAGGCUGUGCGCCCCGACGGUGGCCUGGACAUCCAGGGUGCCCUGCCUGGGCACUCGGGCACCUACAUCCUGCAGACUCUCAACAGGCAAUUUCAGACGGAGGUGGGCUACGGACACAUGCAGGUCUAUGGUGAGACACCCCCGAGAGCCCCCUCUACCCUAGCUGGGUUUUCCCAGCUUCUGCCCAAUCCUUCUUAAAAA